GCGCAUUUAUUACCUGUCCCUGGAGUUCUACAUGGGCCGCACCCUGCAGAACACCAUGGUGAACCUGGGCCUGCAGAACGCUUGCGACGAAGCCAUUUACCAGCUGGGUUUGGACUUGGAGGAGCUGGAAGAAAUUGAAGAAGAUGCUGGGCUGGGAAACGGAGGUCUGGGCCGCCUGGCAGCUUGCUUCCUGGACUCCAUGGCCACGCUGGGGCUGGCAGCCUAUGGUUACGGCAUCCGCUACGAGUUUGGUAUCUUCAAUCAGAAGAUUGUCGAUGGCUGGCAGGUGGAGGAGGCCGAUGACUGGCUACGCUAUGGCAAUCCCUGGGAGAAAGCUCGCCCGGAGUACAUGCUCCCCGUGCACUUCUACGGGCGCGUGGAGCACACCCCUGAGGGUGUGAAGUGGAUUGACACCCAGGUUGUCCUUGCGAUGCCUUACGACACGCCAGUGCCAGGAUACAAGAACAACACCGUGAACACCAUGAGGCUAUGGUCUGCAAAAGCACCCAAUGACUUCAACCUCCAAGAGUUCAACGUGGGUGACUACAUCGAGGCAGUGUUGGACAGAAACCUGGCAGAAAACAUCUCCAGAGUCCUGUACCCAAAUGACAAUUUCUUUGAAGGCAAGGAGCUGCGGCUGAAACAGGAGUACUUUGUGGUGGCUGCUACCCUCCAAGACAUCAUCCGACGCUUUAAGUCCUCCAAAUUUGGCUGUCGAGACCCUGUGAGAACAUGCUUUGAAACCUUCCCAGACAAGGUGGCUAUUCAGCUAAAUGACACCCACCCUGCCCUGUCCAUCCCAGAGCUCAUGCGGAUCCUGGUGGAUGUGGAGAAAGUGGACUGGGACAAGGCCUGGGAGAUCACCAAAUGGACCUGCGCCUACACCAACCACACUGUGCUACCUGAGGCCCUGGAGCGCUGGCCAGUCUCUAUGUUUGAAAAGCUGCUGCCACGUCACCUAGAGAUCAUUUAUGCUCUCAACCAAAUGCAUCUGGACCGGGUGGCAGCGCUCUACCCAGGGGACAUUGACCGUCUCCGGAGGAUGUCAGUGAUCGAGGAGGGAGACUGCAAACGCAUUAACAUGGCGCACCUCUGCGUGAUUGGCUCUCAUGCGGUCAACGGCGUGGCCCGCAUCCACUCUGACAUCGUGAAGAACUCAGUGUUCAAGGAUUUCUAUGAGCUGGAGCCAGAGAAGUUUCAGAACAAGACAAACGGGAUCACGCCAAGGCGCUGGCUCCUGCUGUGCAACCCGGGGCUGGCUGACGUUAUUGCUGAGAAAAUCGGGGAAGACUUCAUCACAGAUCUGAGCCAGCUGAAGAAACUACUGGAUUUCAUCAAUAAUGAGACUUUUAUCAGAGAUGUGGCAAAAGUCAAGCAGGAGAACAAGCUGAAGUUUGCAGCCUACUUGGAGGAGCAGUACAAGGUCAAGAUCAACCCUUCGUCCAUGUUCGAUGUUCAGGUCAAGCGAAUCCAUGAGUACAAGCGGCAACUGCUGAACUGCCUGCAUGCUAUCACCCUCUACAACCGCAUCAGAAGUGAUCCAUCCAAAUCCUUCGUGCCCAGGACUAUUAUGAUUGGCGGAAAGGCGGCCCCUGGCUACCACAUGGCCAAGAUGAUCAUCAAACUCAUCACGUCCAUCGGUGAGAUCAUCAACAAUGAUCCCUAUGUGGGCGACAGGCUCAAGGUCAUCUUCCUGGAGAACUACCGUGUGUCCUUGGCAGAAAAGGUGAUCCCAGCAGCAGAUCUCUCCCAGCAGAUCUCCACAGCUGGCACAGAGGCCUCAGGUACCGGCAACAUGAAGUUCAUGGUGAACGGGGCCCUCACCAUUGGUACCAUGGAUGGGGCCAACGUGGAGAUGGCUGAAGAGGCAGGCGAAGAAAACCUCUUCAUCUUUGGCAUGCGGGUGGAGGACGUGGAGGCCCUGGAUCGCCAAGGGUACAACGCACAGGAGUACUAUGAGCGCCUGCCAGAGCUGCGACAGGCCAUUGACCAGAUCAGCAGUGGUUUCUUCUCCCCUCGAGACCCCGGUUGCUUCAGGGAUGUUGUGAACAUGCUCAUGUACCACGACAGGUUUAAGGUGUUUGCCGACUAUGAGGCCUACAUUAAAUGCCAAGGCCAAGUGGACCAGCUAUUCAGGGACCCCCGAGAGUGGACUAGGAAAGUCAUCAGGAACAUUGCUUGCUCGGGCAAGUUCUCCAGUGACAGGACCAUCACAGAGUAUGCCCAGGAGAUCUGGGGGGUGGAGCCAUCUGCCACAAAAAUCCCCCCGCCCAACCUCCCCCGGGAUUGAUGCAAGCACAGAGGGAAGGAAGGAGAGAUGGGUUCCCAGCCCAGGUGGCCUCACCUGCAUUUCACCACCAGUUGGAUGGGCUCAGCUCUGCAGAAACAACAUCUUUCCCUCAGGGGGGUAGAAGGAUGAUCUGAGGAGGAACAGCCCUGACUGAGGAUCGGGAGCUGGGGGAGAGGAGAAAGGACCCUGUGUUUGUACCCACAUAUCCAGCCUGCAUGUGCUGCAUAGUGCUUUUAGUGAGAUGACCAUGGAUUAAGUCCUCCUCAGCUGUGCUCCAUGCUUAACAAGGGCUUUCCAGCUAAAUCCUUACCUCUCCCCAUGCACACAGCCUGGCCUGGUUUCCU